UUACCAAGUCAACAUGGAGUUGCAUUAUGGCGCGGGUUUUUAGUUAUUUAUUUUCAACAACGAAACGUUGGAUAACUUGGUCGUGGACAUAUCUGUGGCUUCUUUGGCUUAUGAUUGUUGUUUUCCUCAUUUACGUAUUACGCGGACCUUUGAAAAUUAACGAAAACUUGAACAUGGCUUCCAUGUUUCUGAACACUUUGACCCCAAAGUUUUAUGUUGCAUUGACUGGAACCUCAUCAUUAAUAUCUGGUCUUAUAUUGAUUUUCGAAUGGUGGUAUUUUCGAAAAUAUGGGACUUCAUUCAUCGAACAGGUGUCCUUGAACCACAUAUCUCCUUGGCUGGGAGGUGGAGAUAACAAUGGGGAUACUGCUUCUAAUGGUUCAUCGGGAAAUGAAGGAAAUGGAAAUGGAUGUGGCAGUUCCAGCAGCAAUCAGCAAUCAGGUCCUGAAUGCAAAGUCUGGAGGAAUCCACUCAGUCUUUUUCGAGGUUCGGAAUAUAAUAGGUUUUUGUGGACAACUAAUAAAGAACCUCUUACCUAUUAUGAUAUGAAUUUAUCUGCUCAAGAUCAUCAGACUUUUUUUACAUGUGAAGCAGAUGGUAACAAACCAGAAUAUGAAAUAAUGCAAACAGCUUGGCGAGAAAGAGAUCCUGAAGCAAGGGUUAAAGCUGCACAUCAAGCCUUGGAAAAAAAUGCAGAAUGUGCACCUGCUUAUAUUCUCUUGGCAGAAGAAGAGUCCUCAACAAUUUUGGAAUCUGAAAAACUUUUUCGACAAGCUUUAAAAGUUGCAGAAGUUAAUUACAGAAAAAGCCAGCAAAUGCAACAUCAAGGUCCUUCACAAGAAACUUUGCAUAGGAGAGAUACAAAUGUGCUUGUUUAUAUUCGAAGAAGACUUGCAAUGUGUGCACGAAAAUUAGGAAAACUACGAGAGUCUGUGAAAAUGAUGAGAGAUCUGAUUAAAGAAUUUCCUAUGAUGAAUGUAUUCAAUAUUCAUGAAAAUCUGAUUGAAGCACAAUUAGAAAUGCAAGCAUAUGCUGAUGUUCAAGCAGUUUUAGCCAAAUAUGAUGACAUUAAUUUACCUAAGUCAGCAACAAUCUGUUAUACAGCAGCUUUGCUCAAAGCAAGGGGCGUCAGUGAUAAAUUUUCACCUGAUGUUGCAUCAAAGAGAGGGCUGAGUACGGCAGAAAUGAAUGCUGUUGAAGCCAUUCAUCGAGCGGUGGAGUUCAAUCCCCAUGUGCCAAAAUAUCUCUUAGAAAUGAAAAGUCUUAUAUUACCUCCUGAACAUAUUUUAAAAAGAGGUGAUAGUGAAGCCAUAGCUUAUGCAUUUUUUCAUCUGCCACAUUGGAAAAGGGUUGAAGGAGCUUUAAAUCUUCUGCAUUGCACAUGGGAAGGCACAUUUCGAAUGAUUCCUUAUCCAUUAGAAAAGGGUCAUCUUUUUUAUCCUUACCCAACAUGCACAGAAACAACAGAUCGAGAACUUCUACCAUCCUUUCAUGAAGUGUCUGUUUAUCCCAAAAAGGAGCUCCCGUUUUUUAUCUUGUUUACUGCCGGGCUGUGUUCCUUCACUGCUUUGCUAGCGCUGCUCACUCAUCAGUAUCCUGAACCCAUGGGAACUUUUGCCAAAAAUGCUAUUAGCUGGUUGUCUUUACCACUGGGUUAUCUACUGGAAAAAGUAGAAGCCAUGUUGCCAUCAAGUCUUUUACAUCAGCUAUCUCGCAUAUGAAACUUCUUUCAAUGUAAAUUCAAUCUCAUCAAUCAUUUUGUUUGAAAAAAAAUCAUCCAUUAAAUUAUGAAU